UUCGACGCCGUGCUGGUGUGCAGCGGGCACCACACCGAUGCACAUCUUCCACUGAACACCUUCCCAGGGCUGGAAAAGUUUGAGGGCUGGUACCUGCACAGCCGGGACUACAAGAGCCCACAACCCUUUUCAGGAAAGCGGGUGGUCGUGGUUGGCACCGGGAAUUCAGGCGUCGAUAUCGCAGUGGAGCUGAGCCACACAGCCAAACAGGUUUUUCUCAGCACGAAGCGUGGGACCUGGGUGCUACACCGUGUGGGGGACAGCGGGUACCCCUUUGACUUCAGCCACCUCAGCCGCUUCACGCAGCUCCUCAUGAGCCUGCUGCCUCAAAACGCCAGUUUUUUCGUGGAGAGGAAGGUGAAUUCCCGCUUUGACCACACACUCUACGGCCUAAAGCCCCAGCACAGGAUCUUUGACCAGCACCCGACCGUCAACGACGACCUGCCCAACCGCAUCAUUUCAGGCAGGGUGCGGGUGAAGCCGAAUAUCCAGGAGUUCACGGAGACAUCUGCCAUCUUCGAGGAUGGCACCAGGGAAGACAUUGACGCCGUGGUCUUCGCCACGGGAUACAGCUUCUCCUUCCCUUUCCUCGAGGGGUGUGUGAAGGUGGUGCAGAACCAGAUCUCCCUCUACAAAUUCAUGUUCCCCCCUGACCUGGAGAAGCCAACGCUGGCUUUCAUCGGCCUCAUUCAGCCCCUGGGUGCCGUCAUGCCCAUCUCCGAGCUCCAGUCUCGCUGGGCCACGCAAGUCUUCAAGGGGCUGCAGGACCUGCCGCCACUUGCCAACAUGCUGGCUGAGAUCACACGGACCAAGGACCAAAUGGCCAAGCGGUUCGUGAAGAGCCAGCGGCACACCAUCCAGGUGGAUUACAUCCCCUACAUGGACGAGCUCGCCUGCCAGCUGGGGGUCAAGCCCAACCUGCUCACCCUCUUCCUCACGGACCCCAAGCUGGCUCUGGAGGUGGCCUUCGGUCCCUGCACGCCGUACCAGUACCGGCUGCGGGGCCCGGGUGCGUGGCCGGGUGCCAGGGAGGCCAUCCUGACCCAGCGGCAGCGUGUGGUCAGAGCCCUGCAGCCCCGAGGCAGGGCCCGCCCCAGCGCCCUGCCCCGCAUCCUCACGGUCCUCUUCAGCAUCAUCGGCGUGAUUGCGGCCAUCCUCGUCUACGGCUCGCGCUCUCCUUAGCCUAAAAUGAAGGAGACAGCGGGUCCUCCCGGCAAUCUUUUCCUUUGAGCUUGUGUCUGUUGCUCCUUGCUAGGUGUGCCGCCACGCCCGGAGGCACGGAGGGAGUCCUUCCUUGAAGGUGCAGCCGGGUCUGUCCCGCCUUCCUGCUGUGCCAGAUACGCAAGUCCUGGUCAGGGGCUGCUCUGAGGACGGGGGUCACUUCCCUCCCCUAAAUCCUGGCCCGGCAGCACCACAAGCUCUGUCUGUGGGUUAGGUCACACUGAGGUGGUGGGGAAACUGGGAAUGCGCCUCUGGAAAAGGAAAAUAAAGCUUGUCUCCGUGCCGAGGGGACC